GUCGCUGUUGUUUCUUAUCAUAAAAUGGCGGUUUCGGUUAGAGAUGUUAAGGAGGAUACUGUGAAGUAUUUUCUUUAUCCUCUGCUUGGAGAUUUGAGGAAAGAGAAGAACCUCGACUUUUGUUUAAAAGAUUUGGCUGAUAAAUAUACUUACAGUUUAGGCCACUAUCUUGCAUCGUAUAUUUGGCAAGUAGAGCAGUUUAAUCUAAACCAUUUUGUUGGUUCUUGUCCUAAUGACAAAAACAAAGGGUUUUUACCUCAUCUGGGAGGAACUACAUAUUUUGGAGACAAUGUGGAAGAUGAAUGGUUUAUUGUGUUUCUUCUCUUGGAGCUAUCAAAGAAAAACCCUGACCUUGUUAUCAAAGUUGAAGACAGUGAUGGAGAAUUUCUUCUUAUUGAGACAGCAGAAUAUCUUCCAAAGUGGGUUAAUCCAGAAACCAGUGAAAACAGGGUGUUUCUAUAUCAAGGCCAACUGCAUUUAAUUCCUAUUGCUCGCACCCCUGCUGAAGUAACUUCAUUACCUAGUGGAACACCUGCAUUGGAAGAUGCCAUCAUGGCAGUAAGGGAAUAUUCAACUAUUACAGUUGCUAACCAGGACAUACAAAAUGCAUUGAAAAAGAGAAUUUCUGGAUAUCCAGCUAAGAUACAAGAAUUUCAACAUAGAGCCCAUUGUUAUGUCCCAGCUGGUGUUGCCACUAUCCUGAAACAUGAGCCACAGCUUGUCUCAGAUGCAGUCCAUGCAUUUUACCACAGAGACCCUCUGGAUUUAAAGAUUUUGUUUACUAGAUGCCUUUAUGCUCAGCUUCUCCAGCAAAAAUACCAGCCAGACAGACUUGUUGGAUGGAAUUUGCCACCACAGAAUAGCCCUCAGUUUAAAGCUCAUGACUUGGGCAUGAAAUUGGCUUGUGGGUUUGAAAUCCUUGUAGCUGGUGCCAAAAAAACACUUGAUGAACCAGGAAGUCAGCUGGAAACUGUAGAUUUUUCUAAUGAUCCUAGGUGGUCUAAAUUUAUUCAGAAUUUAAAAAAGAAUGGAUAUUUCAGGGGAGAGCUGGAGGGUUCCAGAUUGUAUAAACAACUUCUACAACAGGCCCAAGCAUUCUAUAGUAGCACAUUAGGGAAUUCAGAAGACAUGUGUAGUUCAACUUCUGGAAAGAUUCUUCAACUUUUAAACCAGCUUGAUAUUGACUUAGACAAACUAAAAGAAGAAGAAGGACAACUAAACCCUCCAGAUGGUAAUUAUAAAGCAUUUGUAUAUGCUAAGAGAGACAAAAGACUUUGCCUCCAACAACUUUAA